AUGGUGGGUGGUGAUGAUGUCCAUCGUAAUAUUGCCAUAUCGGACAUCCAGCACCGAUGCUCGAUGCUCGAUGGUCGUGCUGGUUGUGGUGGUGCUGGCCAUCUCAGGGGGGCGUGGCGUUCAAUGUUGCCCAACUGCUCUUCAAGUUGCAAGCCUGCCAGCUUGCCAGCCUACCCACCGAGCCAGGAGGCAGAAAUUGGGAACAAGGAGAGGGGUGCUGUGAGUAAAAAAAGGGAAAAGAAGGAAAUAUUCAACGACCAUGACAGGAGGGGGGUUUGA